GUGACGUCACCGGGCUGUCUCUCGCUCCCUUCCUACUGCAUCACAACAGCCGUUAGUAGCUCGAGUAGUGACCGGGGGGGACAGGAUAUCCACAUACAAUUCAUUGAUAAAACAACUCUUAUUGACGCUGCAACAACAUCCUAACACGGGGGUAACAGACAGGACCUGGUUGCAGUGAGAUAACCCCGCUCCUCCAGCUGUUGGGAGAUGGCCAGGCCGGAACAGGUUCUGCUCUUGGAGCCUCAGCACGAACUGAAAUUCAGAGGUCCAUUCUCAGACGUGGUCACCACAAAUCUCAAGCUCUCCAACCCUACAGACAGGAAUGUGUGUUUCAAGGUGAAGACGACAGCGCCGCGCCGUUACUGCGUGCGGCCGAACAGCGGAAUCCUCGAUGCAGGCACAUCAAUCAACGUCUCAGUUAUGCUGCAGCCUUUUGACUAUGAUCCCAAUGAGAAGAGCAAACACAAGUUCAUGGUGCAGUCCGUGCUAGCACCUCCUGACAUGACCGACAUGGAGGGAGUGUGGAAGGAGGCUAAGCCAGAUGAGCUGAUGGACUCCAAGCUGAGAUGUGUUUUUGACAUGCCAGUGGAGAAUGAAAAAACACAUGACAUGGAGUCCAACAAGAUGAUGUCGUCCAGCUUGCUGAAGUCGGACUCCUCCACGCUGCCCCCAAAAUCAAUGAGCUCCACCUUCGAUGACGGGGAGGUAAAGAAGAUCAUGGAGGAGUGCAAGAGGCUGCAGAUGGAGGCUCAGAGGCUACGGGAAGAAAACAAACAGAUCAGGGAGGACGAUGGUCUGCGGAUGAGGAAGAGUAACGUGAUGUCAUCUCAGCACACCUCAAUUGGCAUGAAGAAAGACGAGGGGUUGAGCGCCCGCACAAUGGCCCUCAUCGUGCUCUUCUUUGUGGUGGGCGUCAUCGUGGGCAAGUUGGUCUUGUAGAUGGCAGCAGUUCGGUCGGGCCGCAGCAUGCUUUCAGGGGGAAGAAAUCAAACACGGGAUCUGGGAUUUUGGAUCAGAAAUGCCAUAUCCACUGGGUGGGGGGUGGUACUAGUUUUGAUUCAGUCUCAUUUAUGUAACAUUUUAAAAGGUAAUGUAUGAGAAAAUAAAGAAGAAAAAAACCAUUCAUCAUCUAAAGAACAAACCAACUGUUACAGGUCUUGCCUCUAUGUAAACAUCACAUAGUCAUUCUGGCCCUCUUUCCCAAAGUUUCAUGUAUACAGAUGACUGUGGGGGGGGGAGUAAUGGAAACAUGAUUUAAUGCAAGUGAUCAAGACCAGUUUUCUAACACCGGCGAGGUAGUGUUGCUGCGACUGAGUAAGUUUGAAAGUGUGUGAAUGUCAUUUUUUGUUGUUUCUUUUUCUAAAUGAUGGAGGCCAGAGCCGAUGUGUAUGUAUACGUAAACGCCCCACACACACACACACACACACACACACACACACACACACACACACACACACACACACACACACACACACACACACACACACACACACACACACACACACACACACACACACACACACACACACACACACACACACACACUAUAUCCAGGUAUCCCUUCCAGCUAAAACUCCUUUAAGGAAGGGAUUUUCCAGAGGAAUGAUCCACACACAGGGCUAUCAAACUGACUCCUGCAAUCACAGGCUUUGUCAAAUCGGCUCGUCUUUGAUUGUCGAACAACUUUGAUCAGUGAACACUAUUCGUAUUUUCUUUCCUCGUGUUGUUUAUUAUUUUCACUCUGACUUUAUACCCGUUGACUGUCACUCACUGCUCACCGCACCCCCAGUUGUCAGAAGGGGGGAUGUUUGAUUGCAUGCGUUCACACACAGAGUGUUGCAUCUGGACUUUUUGAAUCUAAUUGAAUUGCUUUUAUAAUGGUGAUUAUAAUAUGUAAUUUGGCUGUAGGUUUGCACAACUUCAUUUUCAGAGUUUCUUUCUGUCUUUGUUGGAUUUUUAUGAUUUUAAGUAAUUAUUUUGUUGUUAGGGUGAAAGCUUUUAAGGAUAUUGCAGCUACAAAGAUGAACUCCAGAUUUGUAGAACGAUUUCUGUACAUGUUAAACAGAUAAACGGCUUGCCUUGUAACCUAUUUGGGCAAGUUUUUCUCAGGCCAAGACAAAGGUAUAUACAGUACAUAAACAUAAAUAUAUAUAUAUAUAUAUAUAUAGAAAUACACACACACACAGAGAAAGCAUGCAUACGUAUAAUAAGAGUGGACAGGAGGUGCAUGUGACUGUUAUGUGUUGCCCUUACAGCAUCAACAACACCAAGGUCCUGUUUCAGUGUCCUCUCAAAGAGACCUUGGUCUUUUCCAGCUCUUUUUGUUUUCUCACAUUUUCCUACUGAGCCAUACAUUUGUUGACUUUCUGUUUUGUUUGGGGCAAAUGUAUGUCAGAGAUCAACUGAGUGUUUCCAGUUUCUUUGCUGCUGGUGAUUUUUGUGUGAUUUUCUUUCCACUCCACUGCAGGCCUGUGUUUAGUUUGUUGGUGUUUGUUCAGCAUUGAUCCGUUGCUUAUUAAUGUUAUACCCUCACUGCAUUUGAAGUCAUAUUCAUAUUUUAAUGCACUAAGAUUAAGAGUGUCCCUCCUUUGAUCUUCCUGCAGCAUAACAUUUGAUUUUCUUCUCAAGCCAGAGGAAGGGGGGGGCAUACAUCCUAGCUUAUAUCCUUGAGGCGACCACAUGAUGACAUUGUACUGUUCUAGAGCCGAUGGUUAUGUCUUGGUCAAAAAUAAACCGAAACAUACGCUCAAAUAGUUUCAUCUCCAAAUUUGCAUGAGGGGGGAAAAGACAAUGGAGAGUGAGUGUAGAAGAAAUAAAGAGCCGUUGUUCAUAUUGUUUUCCCUCUGUAUCCACAUGAGAUUCAGAAUGCAUUACCCUUUCUUUAAGUGAAAGAAAAAUACAUAACACCACCAUAUUUUCAUUUUAGGUGGAGGGGGAUAUGAUGGAUAUGAUUGUGAAGUAAAAGGUUAAAAUAUACAUGAGCUUGUGUUUCUACUGUAUCUCUGUAUAGUUGUUGGGUUGAGGAUUACUUGCUGCUUAGAGGGAGGGCAGACAGACAGACAGACCUGAUCUACAGUCCCAUCUGGGGUUAUCAGACCUGGGUCAUAUAGUACUGACAGAUCAUUCUUCUUGUUCAUUGAAUCCUGGUUGGAGUUUCAGAACAUUUUACAGUACCAUAAUAUACUGUCAUUUGAAUUAUAUUAUUAAGCACCAUCCUGCUUUGACGCAGUAACCCCUGGUACUCCAGUUAGGAUCAAACAAACAAUAACAAUUACGUGUCAAUACUAAUUGAUCCAGGCCCGGUUGUAAAACACACUACACUGACCUGGAGUCUCUGACCAUCACCGUGAUCAAUGUAAGCAGUCGGCAAACUGUUUUGUAUGUAUAUAAAUAAAUAAAUAAGUCUAUCUGAGAAGAAGAUUAAUAUUACUAGUUCAAGUAGUCUCUGGUGUAUAAAAAAGACCCAACCUGGUUGGACUAUGUAGCAUCUUAAUAAAUUAAAUGAAUAAAUCCCCUA